AUGCUUGAGUCACGCGUUUUUCUGCUCGGCUCGCUUUUUUGGUAUAAUCAGGCUAAACUCUUCGAUAUCGGAUCCUCGGGUCCGUCAUCCUCUUCGUCUUGCUUGUUGGCAGGCUCCCCUUGGACAGAUGUUGAAAGUUCUUCUAUCAACCCUUAUACUUUAUCUUGCGCAAUGGUUUACCUUGAUGAGCUAGCUUUGUUCUCGUUCUUUACAUUGGUUGAAACGUGUAGUGGGGAGCACCUUGCGGAUAAUGAGCUUAGCCUGGAUCUUUCAGCUUCCUCCUCCCUAAUAGUUUUGGGACAUAUGGGGCUUUGUUUUGAAGUGGAGAGGCUCCAUAGUGACGAAAGGGACUACAAAGUAAGCGGGUCCGAAAUUACGCAACUCGGAAUUGGAAUUAUUGCGGAAUUGGAUCAGCGUGAAGAAUAUUCAUGCUUUAUUAAUAAAAAAUGUGACAGUGGGACAUUUGCUCAUACAACUCAGCGGUCAGACUUAAAUUUUUCCUCCACCCUACACUUCUUGGCUUCUGGCGCUCAAACAUAA